AACUGAACAUAUUCUUUGAAAACUUUGAUCUGAGCGCCUGAAAAUGUUGGCGUACGUUCUGAUCGCGAUUCUAAUUGUUUUUCUUAAUUUCAAAUCGUGGCAAGUUCGUAGACGUUGCAAGGAUGUUUUGAAUUUGCCGGGACCUAAGAACUAUCCGUUUAUUGGAACAAUCCUAGAAUUUGGUAACAAUCCAGUAGAUUUUUUGAAGAACAUGCAACGAUUAUUCGAAGAGCACGGUCCAAUAUUGCGUUUCUGGAACAACACCGAAUACCCGACGGUGAUGAUAUCAGGAGCCAAAUAUAUGGAAAUAAUAUUAGGAUCUUCAGAGCACUUACAGAGGACGCGACUCUAUAGAUUACUGGAGGUUUGGCUAGGAAACGGAAUUCUGGUGACUGAUGCGACAACCUGGCGAAAGAACCGGAAACUCUUAAAUCCGAUGUUCAACACGAAAAUUUUGGAAGGCUUCAUCCCAACAUUUGAGCGACUUUCUAAUAUAUUAGUUGACAAAAUAAGAGAGAAUAUUUCAGUUCCCUUCGAUGUCUUCCCAUUAAUUAAUUUAUAUUCAUUGGAUAUGAUCUGCGAAUCAGCGAUGGGUCAUGAGAUAAAUGCCCAACUGAAUCCUGAGUUCCAAUACGUGAAAUCCUGCAAAAGAUUCUUGGAGUUGCACUUAGAACGCUUGUUUUCUCUAUUGAAGACCAACGAUUUUCUAUACAGUUUCAUGGAUGCCAGCAAGGAACAGAUGGAACAUGUCGAAUUGAUAAAAUCAAUCGCAAAAAACGUGAUCAAAGAGAAAAUAUCGAAUUUCCAUAAUAAAGAUUGCAACAAACCUAAAGAUAUGAUGGAUAUGUUCCUGAAUAUCGUUAGAGACGGUAAUUUGACCCAAACUGAAGUUAGAAAUGAAGUGGAUACGCUCAUAUUUGCGGGACACGACACCGUUGCUUCGGUUCUGAGCAUGGUGAUCUUCGAGCUUGGUAAGAAUCAGGGUGUGCAGGUGAGGUUGAUCCAGGAAAUCGAUGAAAAUAUCUCCGGAAAUGAGGAGAUAACGCUUAGUAAACUAAACAAGUUGCCUUAUCUGGAAUGCGUCCUAAAAGAAUCCAUGAGGCUACAUCCGCCAGUACCUUUCACGGAGAGGCUUAUACGGAAGGACUUCACCAUUGAUGGAUAUUUGAUACCAGCGAAGACAAACAUUUGUGUGCACUUUUACGGUUUGCACAGAGAUCCCGAUCAUUUUCCCAACCCCGACCAUUUCGAUCCGGAAAGAUUCACACCGGAGAACACGCCAAAAGGAACGAGUUUUGUUUCGCCCCUUUCAGUGCUGGUCCUCGAAACUGCAUAGGACAAAAAUACGCAAUGAUGGUUAUGAAAUAUACCGUGGU